CUCCUCUCCCCCCUCCCCUCCCCCCCGCGCUGCACGGCCGGGAGAGACGGCUCCGUCCAUGCUGCCGGCGAGUCGGCGUCGCGCGCACUGCGAUCGUACCCCCUCCGCAUGCUAGCGCUAGCGUUAGCGUUAGCAUUAGCUCGCCGCCGCCGCUGCUCCACCACCUCAGACGGCUCGGCCGCGCAAAACAUGCGGAUCAUCGAGGCGGAGACCCCCGGGACUUCUCCAGCGUUAAGCCUUCUCCGCGGGACCCGAGUUUCCACCGGCCGUUGACUGGACUCCGCCGGAUCUCGACAGAGAGGUGGAGAAGAGCAACAGAUCCAUCUCCAAGACCAGAUUGCCUGCCAGACUUUUGCCACCCACACCGAUUGCCGGCGACCAUGCUGAGCAUCCUGGCAGCUGGGUCUGUGUUCUUUCCGGGCCUUUUCCUACUCUCCAAACAAUGCCUCAAGUAUAUUCCAGCCCUACGCUGGAGCGAAGGGGAUGCGGUCAUUGUAUCUGCCAGGUUGGUGUCUUCUGUCCAGGCCAUCAUGGCCUCCUCUGCUGGUUACAUCAUUGCUUCUUCCUGUGAUGACAUCAUUGAGGACCAACAUUGGCUGACCAGCACCUACAUCCUCUUCGCCGUGCCCUACUUUGUGUACGACAUCUACGCCAUGUUCAUGUGCUAUUGGUAUAAGCUGCAGGUCAAAGGUCACGAGGAGGCCUCCGCAGCACCCCGGCACAUGGGCUCGGUGCUCACCAGCUACCUGCGCCGCGAGUUCCUCAUGGUGCUGCACCACGUUGUCAUGGUCACCGUCUGCUUCCCUGUGUCCGUGUUCUGGAGGCAGGGAAAGGGAGAUUACUUCCAGGGCAUCAUGUUCAUGGCUGAACUCAGCACUCCGUCAGUCUGCCUGGGAAAAAUCCUCAUCCAGUACAAACAGCAACACACACUCCUGCACAAAGUGAACGGGGCUCUAAUGCUGAUCACUUUUUUCAUCUGCCGAGUACUACUUUUCCCCUAUCUCUACUACGUCUAUGGCAGGUACGCCUCCAUUCCAUUCCACAUGGUCCCUCUGACCGUGCCGUGGCAGUGUAACCUGGGUGCUGCCUUGCUCAUGGCCCCUCAGCUCUACUGGUUUUCACUGAUCUGCCGGGGCGCUCUCCGGCUCUUCACGGGCUCCUCCCGUUCCCGCAGACCGCCCAUUGUCACGGCGCCCGCCAAGGAGGGCCAGGCGGACGGCCGCACACCGCCCCAGCCUGCCAACGGCUACAACAGCCGUCCCACAGAGCCCGAGACAACCAGCCACUGAGGAGCAGGAGGAAGGGGGGAAGGGGGUGUAGCAUAAGGAAGGCGUGAUGGAAUGCUUUGUAAGGGAAACGACAGAAAACGCCUCGAAUAAGUGUUUGAAGUCUGAGCGACCAGAAGCCGAAAGCCUCUGAUGUCCAGAGGAGUGAGGUGCCCCGUCUCGUGCCGUCUGGGGAUUUUAAGUGGAGCAUCCGCAUGUGGGCAGGCGCUGUGAGAAGCAGAAAUGUGCACUAAAAGAUGAGAGAUUUGCUUGAAAGUGUAGCGAGCAAGAGGUUUCCCUCGCGUAGAUCAAAUUCACUCCUGUCUUGCCUCCACGUUAGCGCAGCACAGGACAUAGGAAUGUAUUAUAUUGUAUGUUAGUACAUCGCUGUAGAUAGAAAAAGGCCUGAAUCAGCUUAGUAACAAAGAUAACUUAAAAAAAAAAACCACCACACAUCUGGCAGCAGUAUUUUGACUCGUUAGUGUUUCUCCGUAUCCUCUAUGUAGUCACUGUCACUCUAACCGAACGUAAGUAACCCGCAGACCGACUCAUCUCUUCAGGGGAUCAUCUCCUAAGACUAACGCUGCCUUAUCCUUUUUCUCAGCUCUUUUGCCUUUUCUUUACAUUUUUAUUUCCUCUCUCAUCUCCGUAGGAGACGGCUUCUCUCAGACUGACAAGACGCGACGAGUUGUACAUAGCCGACGUAAAACUGUCCUGUCCAGCUCAACUCCGAGCUUCGUUUGGCUUUUUAGGUUGUCUUGUCAUUUCCACAUCUGGUGACUUCUACUCGGGUUUUCCAGCCCUAACACGAGAAGCGCGGUAUUUUGUCCUUUUUCACCGUUUUAGUCACAACUGCUUCACGUACGACACCAACUCCUGCGUUAACGGUGUGAUUUUAUUUUAUUUUUUUUCCAUAUAGUGUAGAUACGACCAUUUUUCAUUUACUCGCGUCGCCGGCGUGACGCGCAGUCAAGUUUCCGCAUUAAAAAAAAAGAAGAAGAAACGAGGAAGUAAUGCAAGGUAGUAGUCACCUUAAAAAAAAUUUCCACAUCUUGUAAAUUCCGUGUUAACAUUACCUUUCCUCCAACUAUCCAUUUAAUCUGCUGGAGAUUUUCCGUUUUAAGGGUCCAGGAGGUUGGGGUAUUUGUCAGCAGCACUAAGGGGACGUAGAGAAGACGCUAAUGGAACAAUGCUCCUCCGGCAGAGUUCGCAGGAGGUCAACCUGAAGUACAUUUGUAUUUAUUGUUUUUAAAACGUUUUAUUUUUUAUUCGUCUUGAAUCUAUGUAUUGUAUUCUUCACUGAGCCAUUUCCAUUGUACGACGUGUACCAGACAUUGAGCUGUUUGUCUAAGCCGUUGGUUCCUGAAGCUUGUUACGCAAAUCCCGGCGCGAGUUUUCAAUUUUACUUUCACUUCUGCAAGUGACGUGUUCCCUGGAAUGGGUGAAAAGAGGAAAAAACGAGGUUCAGAAACCAAGAUGGGGGGGGGGGGCAGUUUGUGCCAAAAAAAGAAGUGAACAACUUGGCAUGUUGUCGAACAGAAGCUCUUCCUCUGUUCCAUCCAGUCGUCGGGUACUGCUUCUCGCCAAUACUAAAGUAUUUCAAUUGAUGUACUGUAUAUUCCACGAAAUGCUUAUUUAUUUGUAAGUAUUUAUUUAUUUAUUUGGUUCAUUUGUGGUUUUGAAUGCAUAUUUAUGCAUACGUAUUAUACUCUAUGCUUCUGAGCCUUAUGUUGAGGCUGUAUUGUUACUCAGACUCUUAGCUAAAAUAUACUCUUCUG